AUGCAAUACACAUCCGCCAUUCUCCUCUCGGCCGCCGGCCUCUUGAGCACAGUCUCUGCCCAUGGUGCUAUCACCUCACCAACACCCCGUGCCGCUGGCGAAGCCAUGAAGGCUGCAUGCGGUGAACAGGUCUUCUACAACCAGGCCUCUGAUUCCUUCGGCAACAUCCAGGGAGAACUUCAAGUUGCCACCUCGCAGGCUGACUACAACGCUGAGGCUUGCAACAUUUGGCAAUGCAAGGGUUACCAGUUCGCUGAUGUCGACGCUGCAAACAUCCAGUCAUGGACUGCUGGACAAGUAGUCCCAUUCACUUUCGACGUGCGGGCUCCCCAUGCCGGAACUGCCAAUGUGUCGAUCAUCAACACCGCUACCAACACAAUCAUCGGUAGCCCCUUGAUCACCUACUCCGAUUUUGGCAACAACGCCUAUGCCAUCCCAGCCAACCAAACUUCCUUCUCAAUCACCAUUCCAUCUGACCUCGGAUCCACUUGUGCUACCGCAGGUGCUUGUGUUGUUCAGCACUACUGGGAUGCCAGAUCCAUCGACCAGACCUAUGAGUCUUGCGUCGAUUUCACAGUCGGCGGAUCCGGAUCCAGCGCUCCAGUUGCUUCCUCUGCUGCUCCUAUUGCUUCGUCCGCCGCCUCAGUACCAGUAGCAACCAGUGCCGCAGUCGAAGCCUCGAUCACCGCGAUUCCAUCUACCGCCCCAACCACGCUUCAAACUCUGGUCCGACCUUCCACCACUGUUGCCUCGACCACUGAGGCUGCUACCCCUAUUGCAACUCCAGCACCAGUUGAGGAGGAGGAUGACUGCGAGUAA